UGGAAUAGUUGGCAGCCACCACCAACUCCAGCUUCAAGCCUUUAUCCGGCUCUCGGCGUCAAUUCAUGGACUGUUCCAGCUCCAGUUCCUCAUGUUGAUAAUGGGAUAGCCAAUUUUGGAAACACUUGUUUCAUAAAUGCAACCUUACAGGUAAUGUUCCACUCCGUGUCUUCCAUGUACUUUCUUUUUAUUUUCCUAAGUUCUUCAUCUGUUCUUGUACAGAUCCUUUUCCAUGUCCCCAACUUUGUGCGGUGGCUACAGAAUUCCAAGCACCUGAUGUCAUGCUCAGCGUUAACAUGCAUGACCUGUCAGCUUUUGAAGACAUGGAGGCAGAUGAGGUCAUCAAUGAGCCCUUUUAUUCGACCAGCCGUAUUUGUAUCUUCAGUCCGAGGUAUGUUGAAAUUACAUGGUAUUAUAAUAACUAUUAUUGUCAGGAAAGUAUACUCUAUUUUAUUGAUUUGAAAAAUUUCAAUGCUUCUCCAGCUAAAUUUAAAACACCCAAUAGAAACAAAACGUCCCAGGAGGAUGCCCAUGAGUUCUUGGUGUUUUUACUAGCACAACUUCAUGAGGACUUCAUCAAUCAUGAUGCCCCAAAGAGGUAAUCAUGAAAGAAUGUUUACUGUGAAAUUAGCUUAUUGUGUUACCUUAUGAACAUUUAAUUUUGAGCUCUUACCGUUUUUAUUUUAUUUUUCCAAAGUAUUGAUUUUAUAAGCGAGCAGACAACUCCUAUUUCAAGGAUUUUUGGAGGCUGGUUGAAAACUAAAUGUAAGAUUUAUGUUAUGUUUUGUGUUAUUGUUUUUGGUCCCCUAAUCUUUUGCUGUAAUGUUGUAAGCCUUCACAUUUCAGGUACAUGUGAAAACAUGAAUUGUGCUUAUGUAUCAGAGACAUAUUCUCCUUUUACAUAUAUUACCUUAAAUUUGAAUGGAGUCUCAACUGUACAGGCUGCUGUAAAUAAAUAUUUUGAGCCUGAAUGCCAAGAAUUUAAGUGUUCAGCUUGUCGUCAGGUGGGCAAGACGAACUCCAAACAGUUUGAAAUUCAUGAGGCAGCUAACACCAUCUUUAUUGUCUUGUUGAGAUUCCGAUCUAAUGGGUCCAAGAUUGACUCAAGGGUGAGUCUAGAUGAUAUUGUAUCAUUUCCUGAUGGCACCAAAUAUCAGCUGGCUGGAGCAGUAAUGCACCUAGGCUCACAAUCAAAGAGUGGGCACUACACAGCUGUUACAAAGUGCACUGAUCAAUCCUUUAGAGAGUUUGAUGACAAAUUUGUAAGUAACACUAAUUGUAUUACAAGUAAUGAAAUAUAAUACCCUCUGAAAGAAUGUGAGCUGCCAUUUCAAGAUAUUUCCUUUCAUGUAGGUGAAUGAUGUCGAAUGCAUUUCUCAUCAU